AUGGAAAUCUCCGCCAGCGCCUUUGGAAAUUACGGCUACAGCUGGCGCCCGUACGGCACCAUCUAUCCAGACUGCGCCAGCAGACAGUGCGCUGCCCCCACCAAGCCAAACAACGGGAAAUCCUUCACCAUCGACGCUAUCCUUGGGAAGCCUGAGCAACCCGCAAAUGGACAGGCGAACCCCUUGCGCAGCGGAGGAUACCCGCCUGUUGCUUCUCCUUUGGCGCAUCAAGGACAGAUGUGUUCACCGCUGGCACAAUACGUCUACACGCCGCACAUCGUGCACUCUCAGCCCGGCUAUCCUGCUUACUGCUCGCCAUUCCAAUACCAAGCUUUUCGUGGAAGUCUUUACGCCCAAGAAACCCCAUCAAAGAACAGCCUGCAGCCCCUUAAGCACAGAGGAGGGAAGUCGAAAAGGAUGCGUACCAGCUUUACCAACGAGCAGCUCUCCCGUCUGGAGAAGGAGUUCGCCCGUCAGCAGUACAUGGUGGGAUCGGAAAGAUUCGUUCUAGCCUCAUCGCUGCAGCUUACCGAGGCUCAGGUUAAAGUCUGGUUUCAAAACAGACGCAUCAAGUUCCGGAAGCAGAGUUUGGAUCAGCAGCAUGCGAAACUUGCCAAGCUGGGUCUGGCGGCCCCGCAGAGCAGCAAGAGCUCCCGAAGUCGUGAGGAAGAGGGUGAAGAAGAUGAAGAAGAAGUCAGAUUAUCUGAGGAAUCUGACGUGGACAUUGAGGGGUCUGAUCAAUGAAGCAGCCCAU